UCUAAUUUGCAACUUUUAGCUGAGUUCGUUGAUUACGAACUUGGAAAAGUACUUGGGGCUGGUGCGUUUGGUUUGGUUAUCUCUGCGACACGCACUAACGGCAACCUGCCGGUAAGUUCUUCUGCUCUAUGAUUGGUGGGAAAAACUUGGGUCACCCUCUCAACCAAUCAGAUGCAAUCUUGAGUCUGCGCCCGACUCAUGUUUUCUGGCACUGUGGGUGGUUUGCCCGUUUUAUUUUGAGUUCUACAUAAAAGUUGUACAUAAAAGUAACUCUUAGCUUUGAUGGCGUAAAUUGCUGAGAUUCUUCAAGCAAGUAGCUUUUCCUUUUAAAUAAAAAAAGGAGGAGUAAUAAAAUAUAUAUAUGGCUAUCUUUUCAGGUGGCGCUUAAGUUCGUUCAGAAAAGUUCAGUCAAGGAGUUUAAAAAGGUUUGUAAACUUCAUGUUAUCAUAAGAAUAGAGUGGAGCGGGUUUGUGUUGUUAUCUAGACCAGUCAAAUAAAAAAGUAUAUGUUUCCCUUUUAGAAAAACUUCUUGAAUGCAAAAGGAGCUCGUCUUUAAGCCAAAAUUCACUUUCUUCCUUUCUUGCUACAGAUAAACGGCUUCGAAAUUCCGUCCGAGGCUUAUCUUCAGCGCCAGUCACGUCACCGUCACGUGAUCGAAAUAUACGAAGUUAUCAUCACUGACGAAUUCUACGUAUACGUUAUGGAAAGACCUCAAGUCUGUAAGGACUUGUUUGAGGUCAUACACGAGCGAGAUAACCUGGACCGACCACUGACAGAGAAUGAAGUGCGGCGGUACUUUGCCCAGAUCCUGCAGGCCAACAUCAGCUGCGAGGAGAAUGGUGUUCUACACCGCGACAUUAAGCCAGAGAAUAUCAUCGUGGACAUGAGUACUGAUGAGGCAAAGUUGAUUGAUUUCGGUCUGGCAUCUGAGGUUCAAGCUGAACCUUUCACGCAUUUCAGAGGUGAGAUUUAUAACGAAAAAGAGUACUUUUAACACAUCGGUCAAGUUAAAGGCAUUGAAACUCAGGUGAAACCUGCCCCUUCUAUAAUGAAGAACGGUCGCUGUAAACUAAUCGAUAUUCUUUGGCUCAGUCUAAUUCAUGGUUGUUAAAUUGAAGGACGGAAUAGGAUUUCAAAUGACAAAUCCAGUCUGAAAUCCUUAAAAAAAAAACAAAGCAAAAAAAAAAAAAAAAAUCCCUUUAACGAUUACUAGGAUCCCAUUACAACGAAUGCUUCAGCAAAAUUUAAUGUGAAAUGUCAAAAAGUAGUGAAGGAAAUGAGAAAGAUGAUUUUAAUGAAGAAUCUCUCAUUUCAAACAUUCUUGCCUCUACAUUUACUCGAACAAAACACGAGGAUAAACAGAUGAUUGGCGUAAUAUUUAUUGGCAAGUAAUUAACGGUGACGUUUUUUUUACUUUGCACUAUUUCAGGCACACCACACUACAUGCCUCCUGAGUACAGCCAAUCAAAGAAAUAUGACGGCUGUCAGGGCACGGUCUGGCAAAUGGGAAUCCUGUUGGUGGACAUGUUAUCACCUCAAGUACCCGCAUUUAAACAAUCACAUCUGGCCCUCAGUAUGCCACCUAGAGUACCCCAAAAUAUUUCAGCAGGUAUUUUAUUUACAGAACCUUCAGAUUCAUGGUACUUAAAAACAAAUUUUGAUAUUUGGGCCAAAUCUAGCUAUCAAACAGUUACCGCUUCCUUUGUUGUCCGCAAGAAGUCUGGGAUGGAGUGGUUGACAGGAGGCGUUUUCGGAGGGUCUUUCUCGAGAACGCAAAGGUUCAGUCAUCCGUAUGGGUUAAACCUCUGUGUAGAUUGUGGGGGAGGGGGUGGGGUGAAGGUUAUGCACUGAAAAAAGAACAGGUCUAGACUACGUGGUCUGUUAAGAAUUCCAUUGCAUGUAGUUUAAUUUUAAAUGUCACAAAUCAACCCCCAGACUGAAAAGAGGUUGGGAUUUAUACCCAUUUUUUCCUCUCCGUUUGUUAAAUCCUGUUUGGAAUGCAUUGAGACUGUUGUACGUUACAUCUUGCGUUGUCUGCAUACAAACAAAUUGUGCGCCAUAAAUAAAUGAGGAAGAAGCAGGAAAAUCAAACUUAUUCCAUGCGGUCGUUGCAAGUAUUUUCCUUCGUUAAUGUUCGAUUGGCCUUACCAUCUUUUCCCCUUUCUGUCUCCAAGGGAGUGGUCGUUUUAGCUUCAGACCGCUUCGAAAGUAAGAUCGUCCCAUGGAGUGUCUAACGUGAAUAACCAGUUUAACAUUAUUAGUUCUUAAAUGAUAAUUAUUUCUUGUUUCCUUUUGAACAGACGCAAAGAAUCUUAUCUACUCGCUACUGAACACAACUCCAAACAAUCGCCCAACUCUUAAGCAAACUCUACAGCAUCCAUGGUUUGCCAGAACAGACUAA